UCAACAAAUUAGGAUUGACAGGCAAUGGCGGCUAAAAGUUACAAUCUUCUGUGCUUGAAAACUUUUCGAUGACAAUUUACACAGUUUAAUAGUAUCUUCUGUUGAAGAUUUUGAUAAGAUAAGACAAAAUGCCUACAGCUGAAAUUACGGUAACAUUACGUGAAGUACUAGAGUAUCGUGGUAGUCCACUCCUGGAAACAGAAAUAUGGAGUGUACUUCACCAGUCAAUGAUAUACCUACAAGCAAGGUUAGGUGAAGGAAAUACAGGUGUACUGCAUUUCGUUAUUACACCACGUUCCAUAGCCUUUACCUCUGCAGGAAGUGUAGUAUUGUCAACAGACAGAACCAGUAAAGGGAACCAGUUUGACUCAGCUGUACAGGACAAGUUGACUUUAUUCUCCCUGGGAUCAUCGCUGAUUCAAGCAGCUGAAUAUGGGCUUCCAAAAGGAAUGCCAGUAAACAUAAGUAAUGAUUUAGAGUAUGUAUUAUGUGCCAUGUGUGAUAAGAAUGGGAAACAGAUACCGGAGGUGUCCCAAUUGAUGGAGGCUUGUGCAGGUUUCCAAGAGGAAAACUUUGGAUUGAACUCUUUCUCCCAAUAUACAAGAGACUUGUAUAAUGCUAUUCUUGGCAGUGGAAGUGAGGGUGAACUGUCCCCAGACACUGCUGCCAUUGAAGAAUAUAGCCGCCAUUACAACUCCCUGUCUAAAGAAAACAGACCUGGAAGAUCAAGGGGAAAGUAUAAGUAUACUCAUCAUCGGGACAACAGAAGGCCAAGGUCAUACUCAGGGUCACAAUCUAGAUCACGAUCAAGGUCUAGGUCACCAACAAGAAGUUAUGGUGAAGAGAAACACCAUAGAAACCACAAAUCAUCAUCUGACACAUACUUUGAUGGACAGAGUGCAUACCACCCAUCAUCUAUGCAGACAGAAGUUUCACCAACAACUGGUCGUUCAUAUCAUCUCUCUGACAUAACUUUUUCUUCACAUCAAAAUAGUAAUCAGAAAGCUAAACAAACUGAAGCAAAGAAUCAAAUUAAACCUAAGUCCAAAUCAUUUGCAACAGGAGAACACAUGGGUCAGUCAGCAUAUGAGAAAUACCUUAGAAUAAAAGAAAGGCAGAAGAAGUUGAAAGUGUUGAGGCGUGGGCUGAUUGGUGAAGACAGUGAUGAUGAGCAGCCAAUCAGGGUGGCUGAUAGAUAUGAUCACAUGACAGCAGAUACAAGAUCACUUAUUUCAACAACAUCAUAUCAGCAAGGUCAAAACAUCAAAAGAAUAGGUGCUUAUUCACCGGCUAUUCACAUGCAGUAUGGUUCAGAAAUUGCAUUACGUAUGGGGCGGGCAGAAUCAGACAGAGAAAGUAUUAUCAGUAGCGAAGUUUCUGCAUUUAACGACCAGAAUGCUAUGAGAUCCAUGGAACAUCAUUCUCAUCAUGAAAAAUUCCUCUUACCUCCUCCGCCUUCACGUCAACCUCCACCCAGACCACACGUGUCUAAUGGAACAUUGCCAAAAAGAACCAGAGAUUACUAUGGACCAGAAUUUGUACACAGGUCAUCUAAUCCAAUCAUCAGGAUUCCUAUACCAUUACAGGGAGAGAGUUUAAAGAACCCAACUCAUGUUAGACGAGUUGUGAUAGUAUUGUUAACAGGACAGAAAUUGGAAGCAAUGUGUGAUCCUAGUACAACAGGUCAACAGUUGUUUGAAGCUGUAAUUACUCAUGCAGAACUGCCAGAAUUUUUCUUCUUUGGAUUAUCAUAUAUUAAUGAUGGAGAACAUUUCUUCAUUGAUGGUGACACUAAGUUGCAUAAAGUAGCCCCCGAAGGAUGGAAGGAUGGAUGGAAAGGAAACAUGCCACCUCUCACAUUCACUGUGUACCUUAGAAUGAAGUUUUAUCCAGAACAUUUGGGAAUGUUGAGACACAGUGUAUCAAGACAUCAGCUAUACCUACAGUUACGGCAUGAUUUGUUGGAAGAACAAUUACUCUGUAACGAUGAGAAAACCCUGGCCCUCUCUGGGGUAGCAAUACAGGCUGAGUAUGGAGAUUAUGACCAAGAGACAAUGGGCAAGAACUACUUCAUACCAGAGCAUUAUUAUAGUGGGCGUGUCAUCAAACAAGUGGGCGUCGGCUACAUCAGAGAUAACACAGCUGAUUCCCAUUGUAAAUAUACAGGACUAUCACAGACACAAGCUGAAGUGGAAUUCAUAAAGAUGAGCCAACAACUACCAGAAUAUGGUGUCCAUUUUCAUAAAUUGCUGAAGAAUAAGAAUGACUCCAACAGUUUGACAUGGGUCGGCAUUACUGUAAAGUGUUUAGUGUUGGCAGAGAAUCAUGGGAUACAGAGAAACAUUACGCAUCAGCUUGGUUGGCAUACCAUCAUGAAAAUCUCAUUUAAUAAACGUAGAUUUAGCGUUCAGCCCAAACCUGACUUAGGACAAAUCAAACCACCAAAGAUCAAUUACUUCACUAAUAGCUUCAGAAAAGGUAGAUACUUGUUACAGUUCUCAACAGCACAACAUAGAUUCCAGUUAAAGAUGCGGGCAAGAGAAACUAACCCUGAUCUGCAUGACAUGUUAGAUACUACAGAUAUGAAAAAGGACAAUGAUGAAGAUGUUUCAUUUGUACCUGAGUUCUUACAGGAAAGUUUUACCAGUGAUGAUGAAACACAACACAAAUCUGAUCCUUUACCCUAUAGAUUGCCUCCGCCAUAUAAAACAGAUACCAGUAUAAGUAUGUUGGAUUUGCGACCACCCCGUCAUACAGGGGAACGAUUGCAUGCUGCAUCUAUGAGUGAUAUACAUUCAGCUUUACAAAAGGAUGGAGAAAUUGAGGCUUACGUAAUAGAGCCGAGCAGCCAGUCCCUGGAUAUGGCAGCAUCACCUGCUAAUGAAACCAUUAAUUCAACACUACAGCACAGAUUUGACAAUGAGCUUCUUUCUCCAGAAAAACAUAAUAGCGGCAGAAUAUUUGAAGUUGUUCUGGAAAAAGAACCUCAGUUUGGGAUUGGCAUCACCAUAGUAGGCGGUGAAAACCCCAACAAAAUAGACCUGGGAAUUUUUGUGAAGACAGUCACACCUGGCGGACCAGCUGACAAAGAUGGGCGAAUUUGUCCAGGGGACCGCUUGCUUGCUAUCAACGACCAAACUAUUGAAGAAAUGCAACAAGCAGUUCAGCUGAUCCGUGAGGCUAAAAACUUUGUGAAAUUAUGCGUAUGUCAGAUAAAAGCUCCCAGGUCUGUACGCAGGAAAAUAUGUGAUGAUGUCAUCUCGACCAAGUUAAAACAGUCUAUGGCUGAUCCAUCAGACAUUCUCAUUUAUCAUGAAAAUAUAAACCCAUUGCAUGACGAUUCCGAUGAAAGCUUUGAUGAUGAUGAUGUAUAUAAUUUACCUCAUACUAAUGUAUAUACCGAUGUACAGACCGAUGUACAGACAGAUAUACAUACUGAUGUACAUACUGAUGUACAUACUGAUGUACAUACUGCUGAUGUAUCUACUAUGUCACAGAUAGAAUCUAUAAAAAGUGAAAUUGUGGAAACAGAAAGCCCACAACAGUAUGCCCCAUGUAAUACUGUGAUUGAAUCUGAUACAGAUUCAGACUUUGACCAAGCUAUAGAAUGUGUACAGGAAGAAAAGCCAUUAAAAGAAGUCCCACAAAAGAAAGUUGUUGCUGAACCAGUACUCAAAGAAAGAAAAGAGUCUAUAGAAAGUUAUGAAGUAUAUUUGACAAAAAAAGAUGGCAGCUUUGGAUUGAAUGUCACAGGUGGAAUAAAUACUACAGUUAGACAUGGUGGAAUUUAUGUGAAGUCAUUUAUACCUGAUGGUGCUGCUGAAACUGAUGGUACCAUACACAAAGGUGAUAGAAUACUAGAAAUUAAUGGUAAAAGUCUGGUUGGUGUGACCCACAAACAAGCUGUUGAGAUUAUCAGGGAUGCUACUGAGAGCUGCUUGUUAGUGAUGGAGAGAGGACAUUCUCUAUCAUCAAGAAGUUCUGUGAAGUCAUCUAGAUCUUCUGCAGGGUCUACUGGCCAGCCUGGUACUAAGGAUAUGACUGACGUGAACGUAUCACCUCCAGUAGCUGAUCAGAUGUUGACAACAAACUCUAAUACUGACAGUAUGGAUGGCAGUGGUACAGGGAGUAAUGCAUCGGAAACUGAUUCUAAAAGCAAAGCAUAUCCAUUUGUUGAUGCUGAUAACACCUUAGAAGUUGAUUUAGUGAAAGGAAAUAGUGGUUUGGGGUUUAGUGUACUAGGUGUGCAGGAUGCACCCAUUGGUGACCCAUCACAUGGACUACCAAGAAUAAAGAAGAUAUUCCCACUAGGAGCAGCAAUGGAUUCUGGGAAGUUAGAAGUAGGAGAUGUGAUAUUAGAAGUGAACGGUCAGUCUGUCAAGGAUUUAUCUCAUGCAGGAACUAUGGCCACAUUACGCACAGCUGCGUCUAAUGUAAAAUUAUUGAUAUGUAGACCUACCUCUGAGCAGUUAGCUCCCCUUAAUCGAUUUAUAGAGAAGUGUGACUUGACAAGUUUUGGUCUGCUAUAUGACAAAUAUAGAGGCAUGCUGCAAGAUAGUGGCGAGCAAAAGUCAAUCUUGGCUUCCAACAGUAUAUUAAAGAGCACAUCUACCUCUCAAUAUGAAACAGAAUCAGAAGACGAACCAGUCCUGUACCGUGAUUCCCUGUACACACCUCCAUCAGGCUUCAAUUCUGAUACCAGCUUCAGAGAAGACAUACAUCCACAACAAACUAGUCAACCACGACUGCCAACAAGUCCUAUUCCUAUGCUUUUACGAUCAGGACAGUUUGAGUCAGAGGACGAAGAUCUGAAUUCUACCUUGUCGAGUGUAUAUCCAGAAGUGGAUAAAUGUCAAAUGAAUAAGUAUUCAACAUACCAGAAUUUAGUUGUAUCUCCUUUCAGAAUGGGGAGUAGUCAAUCCUACAGUAGUAAUGUUGACAUUGACAGUCAGUCAGAAAAUAGCGAAAUUGAAGAGAUCGAAACUCCAUUUAGAAAUAUUGUAACGGAAAGUACUCCUCGGGAAUGUGAGCAAGGUGUUAUAGAAAACUAUGGUGAAAAUCACACAGUUGAAAUUAAUGGUGAUGGAAAAACAGACAAUGAUGUUGUUGAAAGACCCGGAAGUAGUCAUUCUUAUAGAAGUUGUUCAUCAACUGAUUCCGUGAUUGUUUCACCGAGAAAAGAUUUGGUGCGAAGUCAGAGUAUAAAUCAGAGUGAUGGUGAAGAUGGUGAUGUUUCUAACAAUGCAGAUCCUGAAGAAUCUAUAUCACCUAGGAUUGGUGAAGUAGAUGUGACCCUGCAAAGACAGGAAGAAGAAGGCCUCGGUUUCACAUUAACUGGAGGGGCAAGCAGAGGGGGCUGCUAUAUUAAGAAAAUCAUUCCAGGCCCUGCACUUUCUGAUGGGCGGCUACAACCUGGUGAUAAACUCAUCAAGGUGAAUGGUGUUGAUAUGACAAUGUUGAAUCAUUUCGAGGCCGUAACAUAUCUCCGUAAUGCUCCGUCUAUUGUAACUAUUAGGAUCUAUAGAGAUCCAGAUACACAGAAGAGUGAAAAAUGCACAGAAGAUGUAACAUUAGUAGACAACAAAACCCAGGGAGAAGAGGAGCAAGUCUUAAGUGACGAGGAGAGUGACUCAGUGACAGAGAGUGUAGAGGCCAGUACUGGUCAGUUUGAGGAAGACAGUUUAAUCUCUACUGACCAAAGUCUUUUGACCACUGAUCAGUUAAGUCACUCAAGUUCAGUGGCAUCAGAUACUGUGAACUCGGAGAAAAUUGACUCCUAUAUAAAUGAACUAAAGACUAAUUGUGACUUUGACAAUAGUGGUAAGGAUAUAUAUGAAUGUGAUAGUGAGAGUGCAAAUAAAAGUGAUAGUGAUGAUAAGGUUGUGAUAUCCCCUCCGGGAAAUAAAUCUGGCCUCAAGUCUCAGGAUAGUGAAGAACUUGAUUCAUUUGGAAUGAAUUUAUCUGAGACAGGCUUAUUAAAGAUUGAGUUGGAAAAACCCCCAACUGGAGAACUUGGCUUUGGUUUGGUCACAGCAGAGAAGGACCAACAGACAGGUGUCUUUGUCAGGUCCAUCACAGAAGAUGGUGUGGCUGAUAGAGAUGGAAGGUUACAGGUCAUGGACAGAAUUGUACAGAUAAAUGGAGAGUCAUUGGUUGGUUUAACUCACAAGAAGGCAGUUACUAUGCUACACAACAUAAAAGGAGAAGUCGUUUUAACUAUAUCAAGAUUAUCAGCUAGGCAGUACGAUUUGAUGACACCUCCUGUUAUAAUGGAUGAAGAUUACUAUGACAAUGAGCAUUCCACAGAGACAAAAAGUGUAAAUGUCAAACAUGAAGUUCAAGGUCAGUCUUAUGAUAAUGGAGAAAAUGAUAAAGAUCAUCAGUAUGUUGAGGUCAUAGAGGAUGCUACAGAUUCAGAAGAGGAAGAAAUGAAUGAAUUAGUUAUGGCUGCUGAAAAAUUACUGGCAGAUACGAGCGAAUUUGACACCGAAGAAAUUGUACCACAGAGAAAUGAAGUUCAAAGUGAUUUGAAUGAUGGAUCACUUGGAGGCACACUCACUUCAUUGACCUCAUUAAAUGAAAAUGAAGAUCUUCACACUAGAACUUUUAACAUGUCUUCUUUACCAAGAAAACUAGACAUGAAAGUGCCUGAAGAGGUGAACUUUGAAUGGCUAUGUUCAUGUGUACCCCUUAUGACCAUGAAAAAUGAAAUGAAGUCAUCUGCUGAAGAACUGGCAAAGAAAUUCCAACAAAAAGUAGAUCAAGGUGACCCAGCUGAGGAAUACAAGGAAUUAAGACAAGUGAAAAUGACUGAUAACUGCAGCAUAGCCAAACAGGCAGAUAACAAGUUGAGUAACAGAUUCAGAAAUGUUCUACCAUAUGAUUUCAACAGAGUAUGUUUAACAGGACUUCACAGUUACAUCAAUGCCAGUCACAUAGCAGCACCUGUUGGGGAGGAGGAAUGCCAUUAUAUUGCUUGUCAAGGACCACUCCCACUUACCUCAGAACAUUUCUGGCAGAUGGUUUGGGAACAUGAUGUCUCUGUUAUCAUGAUGUUGACCUUGGAUGUAGAGGCCAGGAAGGUCAAAUGUCACAGAUACUGGCCUGAUUGUACAGAAACACCAUUGUUUGUAUGUGAUAGUCAAUUGAAAGUGAGUUUAGCUGACAGCCAGACAUUAGAACACUUUGACAUCAAAGAAAUUGAGAUAGAAAAAGUAACAUCAGGAGAAUUAAAAAGAGUUUAUCAUCUAAACUAUACUACCUGGCCUGACCAUGGGGUACCAUCAUCACCUGUCCCAAUUCUUCAGUUUCUACAGCUUGGUCAUGUAUACCAUACCAGUGGACCUUUGAUUGUACACUGUAGUGCUGGGAUAGGAAGAACUGGUGCCCUAAUUACUAUAGACAUAGCUCUUGCUAGACUAGAAAGUGAAGGAAAGUGUGAUAUAUUUGAGAUUGUGAAGGACCUAAGAAGACAAAGACAAGGAAUGAUCCAGACCAAAGACCAGUAUUUAUUAUGUUACGAAGCAUGUUUAGCAGCCAUGUUAAGUGCUGUAGGAUAGAUAAUGACAUCAUCAUGUAGCAGCCAUGUAACUAGUGCCCAGUGCCAUCAGUCUUCAUCCUCCGUCCAUUCUUUCUCUCUCACAUUAUAUAUGCUUAUCAGCAAAUCUCAUGUUUACAAAUAGUGCCAGAAUUUUGUUUUAUUUUAAGUUUUAUUUGCUAUAAUUGUUUUAUUUCCCAGUGGUUUAUUUUAUUUGUUUACCUCCUGUUUAUUUUAUUGUGCUUCCUUUGUACAUAUAUAUACCUGAUCUGAUGCACUGUUUUAUUAUCUUUGCACGUUUUGAAGUGAUGAGUUGAAACCUGUUAAGGUUGAAUAUGAUAUUUUUCUUAUUCAUUCACUGUGUGUCCCUCUUACCUGGAUAAAUUUUUCAAUAAAUAUUCAUAAAAAUUUUCCAACUUUCUAGAGUAAUUGGAUGCACAAAAGUAACUUUUCUAAAUACUGUUACAUGUAAAUUUGAAUAAAACUGACUAUUUAUUCAGUAGCGUACUGUUCUUCUAAAUCUUUAUGUUUGAGUAGAUUUGACCUUCUAGAGUCAAUUUUAAAAUAGUUUUUUGUUUCCAUUCAGCAUUUAUUGUUAUAACCUCAUGUGCAAUAUAUUUAUUAAUUGACUUUUUAUCUUGUUACUAUGUAAAGGAACAUAUAACCUUGCCAUAAGCAGUCUUCCAGCAAUUUUUAACUGUUACGGUGCUUCUUUGUUGUGAUAUUAAGUAAUUCUAAGUCUCAUCUGUGUGUAUUUUACAUUUUUAACCGUCCUUUAGUAUGUCUCAACAUUAUGUUUUUAAGCAAUUCUUUGUUUUUAUUCAAUGAUUUUUUUAGUACAGCAAACAUGGAAGUAUAUAUCAGGAUAUUGGAGUGAAGUUAUAAUUUGUAUUUAGAUUUUUAAAUUAUAAACAGUAUAGGCGGUUUUCAUCUUUGUGAAUAAAUAGGAUUGAUUUUCCUUUCUUUAUUAUAUUCACCUCAGACAUAUAAAGUAUUAUUCAUAUUUAGACGACAAAAAAAAACAAUAAUGUUAGUUAUUUUUUUAGUCUAAAAAUUAAGUCUUGAAAAUUAUUAAAUUGCAAAAUAGAAAGAAAUGGAAUGUUUCCAAUAGAAUGACAAGAAGUUAAUUUUUCUGUCUCAGCAAUAUGCUGCUUUAAACUGCCUGGUUGAUGUAUGCAAAUUUUGUUAUUUUUAUCAUAUGUAAUUGCAAAACAGUUAAAAUGUAUGUUCAUGCCAUGAAAAUGUAUUCAUACACAAUGUAGGUUCUCAUUCAACUGUUUUCCUUGAAAAUACAGGCCCAUUUCCACUUGAUUUUUUUUUGUGAAAUAAACACACAGGAAAUUGGUCCUACCGCUUUAAAUGAAACAGUAUUUUUUUGAAAUUAUUUUUAACUUGCUUUGUAAAAAAAAAUCUAGUUAGUUUUUUGGAUGUACAUGAAUUAUUUUCUUUACACGGCAAACUUCAGAUUAUUAUUCUCCUACAAAUAUCAACUGAAUCUCUUAUAAUUGUCAUUCCAAUAGUUAUUAUGCCAAACAUUUGUAAGGAAUCAAAAUUGAUAUAGUUGACUUUACUGAGUAUUCAACACUUGAUAUAUUUCAAAACUGCAAAAAAAAUUAGAAUAGAAUUGACAAAAUUCAAGAAAAUAGGUGAACACUUUUUGGAUGAGAACCUGGAAUUGAUUUUAAUAUGGCUUUCAUAAUGGUUGUGGAAAUUUGAUUGUUUUUGUUAUCCAUAAACACUAGUCUUUCCAGUAAGUUUUGUUAUUUAUUGUUGCUAUAUUUGUCAAACCUGUUGAUGUGGAGUUUUCUUAUAUUGCCGUAGACGGAUGUUUUCUUAAGAAAUUUCAAUGCCAUGCAAAAAAAAAAGGCUUUUCAUUAGCUUGCAAGGAUUGUUAAAAAGGAAUAAUAUUUAAAAACAGAAACUAUUCAUGUAUUUACCAGCUUUCUUAUAUUUUGCCAAUUCACUUUAAAAUUUUGUCAAGAGCUAAUCAAGUCCUUCAUUUCUUUUCAAUUGAAUUCUGUCAGAGCAUUUUGGUUCAGCACCUAAUUUAUUUUAAUUGUACUCUACAAAACUAACAUAGAAUCAAUUAUAGAUGUAACAUCCUUUAUUCUAUUUUAGGUAACAUAUUCUGUGUAGCUGUUUCAGUUUUUUUUCAUCAUUUCAUUUUAAAGACUUGUUUAAUACUUUUUUAAUAUCAUUAUAGCUUUAAAUUAGUGUUGUCACUAAGCCAAAAGAUAAGUCCAUAGACUAAAGCAUAAUUUUAUUUAAAUACCCCAAAAAUAACCCAAACUAUUUUUGGUAUAUGUUGUUGUAGUUUUGUUAUGCUAGGCAGAAACUGUGUACCCAACACCUUGACUAAUAUUAAUUUGGCUCGUUUAAUUUUCAUAAAAUUUUGACAAAAUGUUUACUUUGACCCUUUGACAAAAAUAUAAAAAUUUCAAAAAAUUUGAAUUAACCACUUUAUCAGAAAAAUUUCAUUGGUUAUAUAGCAGUUUGACAAACACUAAUUUUGAUCAUUGAGAAGCUUAAUAUUUCCUUAACAAUACAACGUAAUUAAAACGUUUAGCUGAUUUUUACAGAGUUAUCUCCCUGUAGUGUUAGGUACCACCUUAAAUGAAUUGAUACAUUUUCAUUCAGAAAAAAAAAGAAAUCCAUACAGAUGAUAUGACCUUUAUAUUUAUUAGUGUUAGUAUGCAGUGAUCCACCCUCAAAAAUGAAUGAAAAAUUGGUAGCAUGUGUUCUUUUAUAAUAACAUUAUUUUGUGAUCAAUUUGUCUAGGGUCAAUGUAUGUCUGGUUUGAAAUGUGUUUCAGAAUUAAAAAAAAAAUAAAAAAUGGCAGGUUCAUAUUAAAAUAUGUGUGUUUACCUUAGUGGCAUUCAUCUGGGGAGUUAUGAAUGUGAAUGACCAGAUAUGAAAUGGUUAAAUGUAGAUUGAAAAUUCAAAUGUUCCUAAAGCAGGAAAUAAAUACAAUGGGUACUUUUUCUUGAUGGAGAAAAUUUCUAUGGUUUCAUACAUAUUUUAACAGUGAACACUGCAUUUAUUGUAGGGAAAAUCUAAUAUAGAUUAAUUUAAAUCAUUUAGUAAAAUUCUACUCACAUUACCCUUCAUUUCAUUGGUAAUUUUAGUAUUUCAUUUUUUUGCAACAAAAAUUACAAUUAAAGAUUAAAAACAGCUUUAUCAUUAAACAUCUGACUACAUAUUAUUGUAGUAUGAUAUUUAGAUAAGGUACAUUCCAUAUAUUCUACUAUAGUAAUGCAUUGAUGUCAUUAUUAGACUUAUAUAUUUAUGUAACAAUAAACUUACCAAGACCUUG